UCCCACCGCGUGCCGCCAAAGCGGUUCCGUGACGUCAGGCGUUUGAUGAGCUCGGCCUUUGAUUGAGUGGAGUCGCGAGGGAGACAAUGUGUGUGUGACUCUCUCUCUCUCUCUCUAGCACACACUCCUACAUACACGCACGUAUACUAGCAUGGUUCGGCUGUUCGUACUUGGGAGAUCUGCUCGCAUAAUGGCUUUGACAAGUCAAUCGAAGAAACCCAAAUAAAAGAGGUUGCACGCGCCGGUGAGAGGGCAGCCGCAGCGGUGCUGCCAGUCGGUUCGGUCCGGUUCGGGUCUGCACCGUGCCGCGCCGCCUUUCGCAGACACGCCUCCCUGGCCACCGUGACACCGAGCCAUUUGGUAGACGUCCACUUCGGCGAUGACGGGCUCGUUAAGCGGCUGAGGGAGCGACGACGGUGGCGGCAGCAGCGGCGGCGACAGCUUUGGGAAGAAAGCGAAGGCUGACCAGGUGUACCUUACCUGCCCUUUUCACUCUGAAUGAUUUUGGAAAGGAACUGUCAAUCAAGAGAGUGGUGCAUUAAUUCACAAAUCACGUAUCCCUUCCAUAACAGAUCAUCCUUCCCCUUCACUGGUUUAACCAGCCUUUUAUUUUUUCCAUGUUGUGUGCGAAAUGUGAGUGGCACCUUUAGGUCUAGUAGAUGCUGGAACUUUCAAGUGUUUUCUUUUUUUAAUCGAAAGCAGUUUCUGACUCGAAUUUCUGGAAUUAAGAAAGGCAGUGCCGUCCACCGAAUAAAAAAUAAAUAAAUAAAUAAAUAAAUAAAUGCUUCUCAUUAAAUUAUAUCCAUUGUAAUCUGACAUGACUGCUGCACUCAGGAUAUCGUCUGCCUUUCUGGGGGCUUUUUAGCAAGGGGGUUAUUUUCAAAGGCUCACGCAGUUAAUACUGAAAUGAGCUUAUUCCUCAUCAAUCAUUAUCUUCCAAAAAAAUCAAUGCUUUAUUGAAAUUAGCCUCGUCGUAUUCCUCACAAUGACCUCCUUACCAUGCAGACCAGUGAGCAGUGGGCUCUGCUUGUAAUUUUACUUACUGGAACUGACCCAGUCUCUUUUUCGGUUCAUGUCCUUUGACGCAAAAUUGGUGCCAUGCUGUCCUUUAAACACUUAGAGAAGUUUUGUAGUUAUCCAUCCUGUUGUUAUCCCUUUAUAUCAUUAAGCCAUUCUGUCUCUCCUUCUUCACCUUUGUUCUUCUCUCUCUCCCCCCCUCUUCCUCCACGUGCUCCCUUUAAUCUCCCCAGUUUCUUCCUGUCUGCGAUUCUCCUCCUCUUCCUCUGUCUGGUUGUUGCACCGUCCUCCUUUUCUGCUGCUCUGGGUUCAAAUAGCGGCAAGUGUCCCCCCUUGUGCACUUGCACCGUGAACCUCACGUCCGUUGACUGCAGCAAUCAGCAGCUCUUCUCACCACCUCCGCUGCUGCCAAGGGGCAUCCGUAACCUCAGCCUUGCUCACAACAGCAUUGAAAUGAUGCCCAGUGGGUACCUGUCUUGCCAGCCAGAACUUGUUUGGUUGGACCUUAGUAACAACUCGAUUAUGACACUCCCGCAUGGAAUGUUCUCCAGCCAGUCAAAGCUGCAAUUCUUGGAUCUAAGUAGAAACAACCUCACCUCCCUGCCAGCUAGUCUUCUUCAUCCAGCACAGAGGCUGACCUUCCUCCGGCUGGCUCACAAUGCCUGGUUAACGGAACUGGUUGUGGACCAGUUUGCCGGACUAGCACUACUUCAGGAGCUUGAUGUUGGUCACUGUGGCCUCAGGGUGUUAAGUGUGCAAGUACUGGAUGGUCUGGUAGGGCUGUCAAGCCUACAACUGGAAGGAAACCCCUGGGUGUGUGGCUGUGCAGUAGAGCCACUCUUGAACUGGGUGCGCAACAAGAUCCACCGCUGCAGUGCAGGUCCCACGUUGACAGCUGAGUGCCAUUCACCCCCUGAACUUGAGGGCAUCCCCCUCUUCUCCUUGACCGAGGAAAGUUUCCGGGCCUGUCGCUUCGCCCUGUCGAUCGAUGACUACCUCUUCAUUGCUUUUGUCGGCUUUGUGGUUUCCAUUGCCUCGGUUGCGACUAACUUUCUCUUGGGCAUCACGGCAAACUGUUGCCACCGGUGGAGCAAGGCCACAGACAGCGAAGAGAUCUGAAGAGCAGAAACCGACAAACCCAUCCCUCCCUACCCCCAACUCCCUCUUCCAUAGAAAGUGAAGAAUGAAGCAUCGGGACCAGAGAGAACAAAAGCAGGAAAAGGAAUUGGAGCUAAAGUUGUCCAAAACCUUCCUAGCUGCUUGACCACACUGGAUAUCUCUACUUUAGUCAUGGCCUCAGAUGGUCCAUGCUGCAUUUGGGCCAUAGACGGCACGAGGGCUCCACCUUCUUGAGAAUGGAGUGGGAGACGUGUACAGUGAGGGGUGGUCUUCUGAUCGACCAUUAAGACUAGAGCAACAUUGGAUUGUGCAGCUGUCUGUAGGCCUCAGACAUGAAGAACUUGAUGGCUGGGGAUCAAGCCAGGAAUGUUGUUUGGUGAGAUGAAAGGGCUCUUCUAAAAAGACAUCCAGUCCUGUAUAAAUAAAACCACAAAAACACAAACCUCAGACAAGCAACCGUAAAGUCUGACCACCCUGUGGCUAUUUGGAACAGGAGCAACUGGUUUAUUGUCCAAUUCAUUAAGUGUCAUCAUGCACUACAAGUUCGUCCGUAUUCCGAUUCUGAGCAUUGGCUCAGUAGCACGCAGUGUAAUUAAACUAUGUAAGGGGUACAGUGGCAGUGUUGGGGAUAUGUUGUAAGUUAUAUUUGUAAUAUACCGUCUACUACUUGUGCAUUAGCUUGACGUUAUAUUUGACAUAGUCAGGUUCAUUGUUCCAGUAUAACUCUGUAGUGUGCGCUGUGGGUUUGUGCAAACUGUUUGUGUUGUCAUUGAAAUGAAUGAACACUAAUGGCGUUACUACUAAAAAUAAAAGGAUAGUCAGAUAUACUCAUGUGAUCUUUUGAAAACAAAAAACUUUUUUAAAACAAUAAUAUAAUGAUACCAUACGUUUAUGAUCUAUAAAGCAAAUUCAGAAAGUAUUCAGACUGCUUCACUUACUGCAAACUUGACUGUGUUGUACAGUACAUCUACAGUAUAUAAAAGUCAAUGUAUGUAUGUAUGUUCUAGCAUCACGUCCAAACGGCUGGAGUGAUU